GAGAGAUGAUAAAUGUUGAUUUUACUUUCAAUAUGGUGCAAGUGCCAAGGAAUGAUUCACUCCAGAAAAGACCUACUUGGCUUGAUUAAUGUACUUUCGCAAGCACCUCCUUCAAAAUUCCAAGAUUUACUGAGUGACUUGUUGGAAAAGGGCCUUUUAACGAAGGAUGGCUAUCGGCAUUACAACCAAUGUGAGCCCGAGGACUUGCCGCGGACCAUCCUUGUAUCUGUUCUUGGCAAAGAGGAAAGUUACUGUCAAGCAUUUCUCUCCCUUCUCUGCUCCCAUUUUCCCUGGAUUUGUGGGGUGUUUCAACAAGUUUCCAACAACAAGGAUCAAACAUGGAGAAAUGGACAACCAGGCAACAUGAGAAGCCAAAGCUGCACCAUACAGUUGCCAUCACUAAAAGACCACAGCUACUUGGCUCUGCUUCAGGAGGAACAUUGUUCAGCACAGAUGGCUAUGUCAAGCACCUGCGGUCAGAAUGGAGAAGUAACUUGUGGAACAGGUCUUGACAGUAAUCAUUGCGACCUUUACAAAGAGAUUUUAGAGGACUUUUGUGAACUGGAUAGAACUUAUGAACCAUGCGACGUUGGCAUUGAAGGAAUUUUGAAGUAUUUGCAGGACCCACGGCCACUAAAUGCAAUAGAACUUGAACAAUAUUUUGCGGCCAAUGGAGAUUGUCCAAGUGCUUCGGGAAUUCCAUCUCAAGAUUCCACUAGUUUCUCAGAUGCUCCGAGAGCCAAGUGUUUAAGAGGAGAUGAAGAGAAUCUACCUCCUUCUCCAGAACAUUCCAACAAUUCAGCGGACAUCUUGUCUCCAACCAUCUACCUUUCGGACAUCAACCAUCUGAAGGAACUGAAAAACCAUGUUGCCCAGAUUGGAUCAGACGCUUCCUUAAACUCAGUCAAAGGUGAUGAAUCGAUCAUGAACAGUCCGGCUGUCAGUUCUGCUGGUUUCCAGUUUUUCCCAUCAUAUGCAGUACCACAGCAAGUCGUCAAGGUGCCUGUCAAUGGAGCUGUACAUUCAAGAGCCUCCACCUGCUUUUUAGUUCUAAAUGAGAGCUUGGCAACUCUUGAGAUUACAACACCACUAUCGACAUCGCCUCUGCAUUCACCACGGAGCUCAAUACCGGAAUCAACUCCCAAGAAUAUUCCAGUGGACCCAUGGAGUGCUUUAGCUCUUACUGUGAACACAGACUCUCAGACUGCCAGUCCUGAAGUCAGUCCAACUGGUCCAGGCUUCUCCAGUCCUCAAUCUGUCAAUGUUCAUAGCUCACCAGAGUCCGUGACCAAUGCUCAGCCUGUGGAUAGUCCAACCUCUCCAGUCUCUUUGGACAGUGAGAGACUAGAUCUUGAAACAGAGUCAUCUGGUGAAGAAUCAUCAGGACCAUCAAGUCCAACAAUCAAGUCGUACAGCAAAACAAGAGGUGUAGAAGCUUGUACAGAAAUGGUGAAAGAAUAUCUGAGAGACAUGAGCCAACAUUCUUAUAUUUGCCAUGAACAUGACGAAAUGCUUCUUGAAGACAUUUACGUGGAUGUCACAAUGAUUGAGGUUCAAGCAGAAAAUAAGUCUGCAAAAAAUGCCUCAAAGUGUUUGGACAAGGAAUGCAAAAUCUAUGAUAUAGCAGAGCGAGAAAGAGCUGCUGUAAACUUGAGCAAUCUCCUUAAUGUUUCAGGAAAACGACCAAGAGAAACCAAAAUAGUUUCCUUACUGGGGAGAGCAGGGAUCGGUAAAAGUGUACUUGUCCAAAAAAUCUGCCAUGACUGGGUGAAUGGGUCCUUCAGGCAGUUUGAGUUUGUUUUCUGGUUUAAGUGCAGGAUGCUCAAUUUUGCAAAGCAAUACACUUUAAAAGAUCUACUUUUCCAGCCGUUCCUUCCGACCUUAAAGAACACGGACGAAGUCUUUCAGUAUCUCUGCCACAACUCCCGCAAAGUCCUGCUCAUUUUGGAUGACUUUGAAGACUUGCACCACCACGAUGGCCUGCUGCAGUCCUCGGUGUGUGGCUCAGCAGAGAGACCCCACACCGUCAAACAGCUGCUUGCAGGCCUGCUCCAGAGGAAGUUGCUGAAGGGUUGCACGAUGCUUAUUACAGCAAGGCCAAAAGAAACUUUCAACCAGUAUCUCGGGAGAGUGGACAAAAUAGUGGAAGUGCUGGGGUUUCACCCGCUUCAUGUGCAGGAGUUCCUGCACAGGUACUUUGAAGACUCCUCUUUAGCUGCUGAAGCCAUGGUUUGUCUUCAGGAGCAGCGGUACCUGCUCAGCAUCUGCUCCACCCCUUUACUAUGCAGAUUCAUCUGUUUUGUUCUCAAAACCAAGCGCCGGACUGGAGAUGGCCGUUUGGUAUUGCCAUCCACUCUCACUCGUUUGUUCCUGAACAUUUUUCACAUCCUGUUGCAGGGUAAAACUCAACACAUCAUGGCUUUGCACAGGCAGAACAUCCUGGAGUUGAGCAAACAUGCGUUUGCGGGGGUCCAGUGCCAUUACAGUGUGUGUGAGGCCUCCAGAGCAGUAGAAAUGUCCAAUUUUGCUUUGAAGCACGGCCUUCUAAGACCCUUCCUGAUGAAUAGCGAAGGAAAGGGGCAGGAGUGCGGCAAGACUUUCUCUCAUUCUUGUCUGCAGAACUUCCUGGCGGGACUUUACUUGUUGUUUUCCGAAGAUGUCAAGUGCAAAGGGUUGAUGAAGCUAAUCUCCUUGGAGCACAGAAAGCGGAAAUCUCAGGAGGACUGGCUCGACGUUGCUCGCAGGUUCCUGGUAGGACUGGCUUUUCAGGAAGGAAAUGAGUUCCUUCACGGCUUCUCCCAUCAUCCGAAGGCCAACGUCAAAGGCAAGAAGCAAAAGAGCCUGCAGAAAUAUUUGGCUGAACUCGACGUCUCUGCACUCAGCACCAGUAAGUUGGUGGAGCUCUGUCACUGUGUUUAUGAAACGCAGAGCGCUGAGCUGACUGCACGGGUAGCUGCUAAACUCGACCAGAGGUUGUCCUUCAGAGGCACGAGGCUGACUGCAACUGACAUCUUCGUACUGCUCUACAUGAUGCAGAGCUCACCAAAUAACUUUGCUGUCGACCUGAGGGAAACAAACAUCGACUUGCCUGGAAUCCAGCAGUUUGUCGAGUUGAGGAAUGUCACCUCAUUCAGAGUGUCGGUAUGCGAUGUGAUAAAACUUUGGGAACAUUUGGAGCAAAAUGGGUUCCGUGAGCUGCUUCGUCAGUCACUUCUUAAAUUUUCUGUGAAUCCUUUCGAGAUUAAGAGUUUGAAAGAUAUCGAUGACCUUGAUUUACUGGUACAAAUUCAUAAAGAUAGAAGAUUCCUUUCAAGCACACACGACACAACAGGAAGUGAACUCUAUGAGCUACCUGCUGUCAGGACAUUACAGGUGCUGGAGUUUGCUCUUGGCCCAGUGGAUGGACCUCAGGGGUUUCAAAAAUUAACUAAGAUUCUACCAGCUCUGGCAUUUUUGAAGUAUCUAGAUCUUGAAGGUCCAAGCUCCCAGAAAGUUAAAAUGAGUGAAAACAAAAUUGGAGAUGAAGGAGCUGAGAGACUAGCAAAGGUGUUGUCUAAUCUAACAUCGCUAGAAAAACUGACAUUGUCGCGGAACCAAAUAGCUGACCGAGGAGCACAGGAGCUGGCUAGAUCACUUCCCAACCUGAAGUUUUUAAAGACACUGAGUCUGUAUGACAAUAUCAUUGGUGACAAAGGGGCAGAAAAAUUAGCAGAAAUACUCCCGAUAAUGAAGUCGUUGAAAGUUCUAGAUGUUAAAUUUAAUAAAAUCACAGACACUGGAGCCCAGAGGCUGACUCAGAGUUUAAAAGAUUGUCCCCAUAUUGAGACAAUAUGGCUAUGGAGCCCAACAAUUACACACUGGAUGUCAGAACACAUUCAACAGAUUGAUGUUCGAAUUAAUUUACAGUAGGCAGUUCUUAAUACUCAGGUAAAGUCUCAAGUAAGUGUACCAAUUUCUCUUCUCUUUAAUACUUAAUUGUUAGUUAGAGUUUGAUGACUUUCCUUACUAUUUCUUCUCAAUAGCAUUCUUCUUAUUUAUGACAUAAUUUAUACUUGAAAGCUAGCAUUUAGAAAUGUGUCCUUUGUUGUUAGUUUUUAUGCCCUUGCUACUUUAGAGGGGAGAUGGACAUGAAUCCAGCAAGCGAGAGACCCAGGCUAAUGGACAUCUGGUUUCAAAUUCUAUUGUGGCAACUUGUGGAAUUUUAAGUCAAUCAACAAAUUUGGAAUAUAAAUCUAACACCAAUGAUCCUGACAACUAUAUAAUUAAAAUAUGAUAUGUUUAAAUCUAUUGUCCUUACCUAGUUUGAUCCACAUGUGACUUUACACCCUCAGCAUUAAUUGCCUGGCAUGUCACUUAGAUCA